UAUAUUUAAUAUUGAUAUUUUUUUUAGUAAAAUUUAAAUCGUAGAAUGAUACGGAGUAUCAUAAUUUAAAAAAAAAGGAAAAAACAAAACAAAACCGUGUAAUCAGUCUUAAAAUCAGGAAAUUUAAAAUUCUGUUACCAAUUACAUCCUUUUUUGUUUAAAAAAAAAAUUAAUAAGAUAGGAAAAUUUUAGAAUUCGAAUAAGAGUAAAAGUAUAUCUUUGUGGCUUAUAUGACUUGUAUAUAUAUAUAUAUAUAUCCUAAUAUUCACUGUGAUCUGUCUUAAAAAAAAAUAUUCACUGUGAUCUAGGCUCAAACAAAAAUUAAAAAAAUUAAAGGAUGGCGGAUGUUAAGUUUGAAAAUUUUGUGUUCGAGUUGGAGAGAUUGGGAUGUUUAGGGUUCUUAUUAUCUUUGUUUUUAUCAAUAUAUUUUCCUUCCCUACAUCUCUUUACGGCCAUCGUGCAGCUAAUAGUUGGUGUAAUUUUCAUUGUAACUAAUAUUAACAUCCUCAUUAAUUUCAUUCUUCCGGAAACAACUUCAGAAGCAUCAUCAAAGGAUGAGAAACUAAAGCAGAUGCAAAUAUACGUUGACGAACUAAUAAUGGAGAAGAAGAUGUGGGGGAUGGAGAAACAAAAGCUUAUGAAACAAGUAUCAGAGGAGAAACAGAAGCUUACGGAACAAGUAACAAUGGAGAAGAAGAUGAGGGAGGAGGAGAAACAGAAACUUAAGGAACAAUCAACAACGGAGAAGAAGAUGUGGGAGGAGGAGAAAUUGAGCCUUACGGAGCAAGUGGAGGAAGCACGAGCACGAAUCGAGUUGUACACAUAUGAGAUGAUCUACCUCAAGAAGUUGUCGAAACUCGAAGAGCAAGUCAAAAACAUGGAGGAGGAAAGAGAAGAGUUUAUGAAGAAAAAUUUGGUGAAUGGGGAUGGGAAAGAAAAGGAUAAAGAUAAGGAAAAACUCGAAGAGAAGUGUAGGAAAUUAAACAAGGAAAAGAAGGAGCUUUCAAAGGUGGUUGAAGAGUAUAAGGUUUACGAACAAAAUGUGGGUGAAGAGUUUAAGAUUUACCAACAAAAUUGGGAGUUUGAAAGAAAUAACCUAAAGUCACAGAUUGAUCACCUAUUUAAUGUUAUUGCAAAAUAUGAUGAACUUAAUAAUCGCCAACAAUAUAUGAUUGUACUCCUUUCAGGUUUUACCGACCAAUACCGUCACAAUGCGGCCUACCAGAGUACUGAGGAAACAAGCGAUAUGUCACCUGAUUACUAGACUUUAAAUAGUUACAUUUUAGUGGUAGAAAUUUAUUUCAUU